UUGCCGAAAAUCAGAGCGAUAGGCUUGUGUUGAGGUAUUUUCCUGAAAAACUAACCAUUUUUAGGCCAGUAUGUAAAUUUUCGAGUUUUUAAACAUUAAUUAUCGUUUUAUUACUUUAUGGUGCAUGUUUAACCAAAAACCAAAGUUGAGUUACAUUAGGGUAAACUAUGAGAUAAAUACUUCUAGGCUAGGUUGUUUCAUUUUUUACUGACACCCAAAUGUAACCCUGUCAUUGGUGUCGGGGAUGGUUGCAUCAGGUGAUUCAACCAACCCCUCUAGGUCUAGGACUCUAUAUUAUCAUUCAGGUAUCCUCAAGGCCUAAGCCUAGACCUUUUAUCAUGCUAGAUAUCAACUAGACAGUUCUCUUGUCAUUAUCAUUGUAAUUUUAUGCAGAUUCGCGUAUAAUUAUUAUCAACCAAUAAAUAAUAUAUUUUAUUAAAUGUAUUUCUUCACACACACCACAAACUAUAUAAUAUAUAGGCCUAGGCCUAAUUACUAUAGAAUAGAGAGCCUCUAAAUACAAAAUAAUUGCUAGUGCUUGCCCUCGGGUUAGGCAGCAUUAUUAUAUCAAAAUGUGAUUAUUUUUUAAUUAAUAAAAGGUUGAUAGACCUAUAGAAGAACUUUUUUUGUAUUUUUAUUCAUUUACUAAAUUACUUACAUAUGUAAAAAUUGCAAUGUAUAAUAUAAAUAUUUGCUAUUGCUUUUUCAGAAAAUGUACAGUUUACAAUUAGGGUUUCUGAUCCUGCCAAGAAACCCUAACACUGAAGUGAAAACAUAAAACUAUUGAGCAAGUCGGUUUAAAUAUAAAUUAAUCAGGCACAAGAGUCAUAUGCCAUAGCCUUAACCGUUUGGACUCGGUGCAGAUACUAUUCUCCUGAUGACGAUUGACGCCUAAACGUCAAGACAUUCUCAACAAAAACAGUUCUUCUUAAAACGAUCAGCCUGGUGUACUGCAAAAAUUUAACAAGAACUUUAGAAACAAUUAGCAAGUUAAGGUCAGAAGAACGGAGGGAGGCUAAGGACACAUUCUGAGGAAAGAGAUCAAAUAUACUCAACAAGAAAACUAUGUAUCUCGCUUUAAUAUGCGUUUUGGUUUUUGCUUCAUCGGGCUACGGAGAGAAUGAACAAGAAGUUCUUGGCAAAGUCAAUGCUGGUAUAGACGCAGGAAAUGCGAUUGUCGAGGUUUUAUCUGAUGAAAAUUUGUCAAAGACUUUUGGUAAAAUCGGCGAGAUCGCAUCGAAAAUUGGGCCAUUCCUGGGUGCCAUUGGUCCAGCAAUAUCGUUGAUUUCCAUAUUCUUGCCAAGUUCGCCGUCUCCUGAAAUGCAAUUUAUGAAGAAAAAAUUCGCCGAAAUGGACCAAAAGUUUGACCAAGUGUUUACGAAAUUUGACGAAGUAAAAAAUCUUAUUCAAAAAACAUCCCUAAAAGCGCAGUAUGGCGAAUACGAACACACAAUAUCGGCUUUGUCUCAUCGCCUAGAACAGUUUCUAAGCGCUCCAACUGAUGCAGUAGAAGGACAGAAGGCGACUUUUUUCACUGAGUACGAGUCGUCUUACUCCGGCGCUACGUACAAACUCUGGCGCGGUAUGAUGGGGAAAACUGUUCUGUCGGAUAACAUUCCAGAAACAGCCAUAACAUAUACAAAAAACAACCGCGGACGAGUUCAAAGAAUGAUGAAAGGAGUUACAAACUUAAUAAUACAGGGUGUGAAAAUCCAUUUAUUCUACCUGAAAGCCAAAGGUCGAGAUGCCACAUAUGAAGUCGAAGAGAAAACUUGGAAAGACAAUAUCAAAGAGUUAAUUCACCAUAUGAAAACGGUAGACCGAAAAGUGACCAAUGCUUGGAGAAAACAGUCCGUAGCCGAUUUAAAUACCAAGUUGGCUUCGUUAGAUGGCAAGAGUAACAGUUAUUUCGCUGACAAAGUCUAUGCAUUUCUCACUGACAAAUAUGAUUGGAGAGAUUGGUUCAUUGUUGUUUACAACCCAAUCAGCGGAUCAGAUGGUCAUUGGGUGAAAUGGUGCUACGGGCAUCAUUUUUUACGAAAGCAUGGCAGAAAUGUCGCUCUAUCAAGCGUUGACCAAAAAAAAGCUACCAUUAAUAGAGGAACCGCCUUGAAUGUGUUAAGAAGGGUCAAAACGAAAUUUAGGGGUAGAUUUUUUUUUGGAUAUAAGUAUUAUUCUUAUGGAGCUAAAAAAAUUUUCAAUUCACUUCCGUAUAACUUUAGGAAAGGGUGCAGUCCUUAUGCGGCAGCAGGCGUCAUAGAUAAACACGCAGAUAUUCAAUACAGGUCCAAAUUUAGGCGCCGUGCUGUCAAAACUAAUGGAAAUUACCAGCUUCAUGCGUUUGGUUAAAUGAGUGACAGACUAGCUUAUGAUAAACAGUUUUGAUUUCUGUUACAGUGUAAAGCUUUUUUCACAUAAAGUGUUUGUGGUAGUUAUGGUGUUCGGUAAUUUCUUAGGUAAAAUAAACUAAUUGACAAACAGUUUGUCUAAAUUGUUAAACUUACCAAGAUAUGUAUGAUUUAAAAGGUUAUAUGUAUAAUGCACAUCUAGCUUAAAUUAUCUACAAGUAUCAUUAGCAAACACAUAUUUUUUGAUUGCACAAUAAUGCUUUAUAUCAGUUAUUUUAAAGUAUUACAUUACAUUUACAUUUGUGCACUGAUAUAGGAGUUUUAUUAUUUUAAUAGUUACUACUUUUGAUUACUAAUAUGCUUCAUAUCAGCUUUUUUGAAUUACCUGAGCUUGAAACUGUUGCUAUAAUGUAUAGCUGCUAUAUUUGAUGGCCGAUAUUUCGUAUUCAAAAUGUGCUUCAUAUCACUUAGCUAUUUUGAAAUUUCUGAUUGUAUAUGUUGCUACACUGAUAUAGUUGCUGUAUUAAAGAUAUUUGAUAUUGUUGCUCCUUUAUAGCCUACUCUAUAUGAAGACGUUAAACUAAGUCUGUAGCAAGUUGAUAUAGGCAUGGUUGAUAUUUUUAAAUUUGGAAUUGCUUUCUGUCAGCUAUUUUGAAAUUUCUGAUCAUAGUUAUAUUGCUACACUGAUAUAGCUUUUAUAUUCGGUAGUUGAUAUUUUGGGUUUUGAAUAUGCUUUAUUUCUGGUAGGCCAAUAUCAAAACAUUGAGGUAUAAAAAUAUGUAGAAAUAACUUUCAUUAGUUGCGGAGGCACACUGAUUUAGCUGUGAUUUUUGAUUUGUUAUUUUUACACCAAAGGGCGUCAAAUAAAUUUAACAUUACAAAGAUA